GAGAUUGUAUCUAAACAUGGACCUUCCAGAGGAGAGAGGUUUAGAGCUGAUACUUUGGAAGAAGCUAAUGUUGUUCAAGAAGAAGACAUAAAGACAAGAAAGUCAUCUAUUAUAAAGACAGAAGAAGACAAUGAUGAAGAUGCAUUCAACUAUGAAGAGGAUUUUGAGGACUAUGAAGAUGAUUUUGAGAAUGAACAAGAUGAUGAUGAUGAUUUAUCUCUAGGCGAGAGGAAUGCAGGAAUGCUAGAGCUUCUAAAUGCAAUUAACUUAGAGAAUGAAACAGUAUCUCGUGAAGGUACCAAAAUGUCUCGUUCAAGUGAUGAUGACUCUAGAAAAGAACCAGAAGUCAGACCUGUUACAGCAAAAGGACGAAUCAAUUUUGUGGCCGCCAAACAAAAACAAAUUAGUGAAAAAGUAGCAUCAAGGACAAGAAAACGAGGCCAGGAACUGAUGCACUUAAUUGAUUUGGAUGUGGUUGUCUUUGAGAUGUUUGAUCUUCCACCUAUGAAUGAAUAUGAACUGUACAUCAAAAAUUUUGGACGAUCAGACACCAAACAGGCUUAUGUCCAGUGUAAUGAUGAUAACUUGGAGAAAGAAAUCCAAACGGAGGAUAUUGAAACAAGGACAAUGUGGACACAAAAUCCUGCUGAAGACUUUGCUGGUUGUGGGGAUGAGAAAGGUAGUCAAGAAGACACGUCUAACUUCAGUCAUGCAACUGUUGACAGUGUUCGCUUGGCCCGUUUCUUACAAACUGCAGGACAGGCGUGUCUUGUCCUUCUCGAAGAGGAAUCUGCUGAACAAUCAAAUAAAAUAGUGAAAGAUAAGAAAGAGAUGAGUUGUAGUGAUGGAUACGUACCCCUGGCUACAAAACAACCAUACCUUGCAGGACGAGCAUUGGAAUGUCUACACGUGUCUCCAGUGCAGAACCACCACCUACUCACGGCAUAUGGGCCUGUCAAUGAUCAAGAGACGGCUUCAUCCAAGGUUUGUCAAGAGAUGAGUGAUAGCAUGAAAGCUAAGAGUAUUUUCUGUUUAUGGAAUGUGAACGAGCCUUCAACACCGCAAAAAAUUCUUAUCUGUGAGUCUGUUCCUCGAUGUUGCUGUCUGAGUCCUUCUAAAGCAACCAUUGCAUUUGCUGGACUGGAAGAUGGAUCUGUGGUAGCUUGGGAUCUGCGCGAGUCACCCUCCAUCCAUCAUUCCUACGAUGUAGACGAUGGUCAAGUCAUAUUUCGAUCCCCAACAUUCAGCACAGCUGGUGUUCUGUCUCAAGAUAAUCAUCACAGUCCUGUGGUAUCUCUCCUGCCAGUAGUCAUGCCGGGAGAUAGUGCUAAGGCGUCUACUACUUUAGCGGGUAGCUUACAUUCAGAUGAUUUGCUAGGUCUUUCAUUUCAACUGGCUUCUCUAGAGCAAAAUGCAGUUAUAAAUACAUGGGUGGUUGUAGAGUUGGAUAUUGCAGAUAUAGCAGGGUCUGAAUCAGACUUGGGACUGGCCCCAGGUGGAAAAAUCAAGUUGAUAAAAAGUUCAUCUCUACCAUUGGAAGCAGAUGUCAGGGAUGUGCGCAAAAAUGCAGCACUUCAGACAUACACGAUGCGAUUCCUACCUCAAGAUCCAAAUCAUUUCUAUAUUGGAACCGAUAGUGGUAACGUUAUUCACCGUGUACGACAUGGUGGAAGAGCUCCUCCCAAGACUUUUGGCCCAGAAAUAGAAUGUUUAGUCGAUGUUACGGCACUCGAUGUAUCGCCAUGGCAACUACCUUGUAUCUUGGCUGGAAAUAGAGAUGGCAGCAUCAGAUUGUACAAUCUCACUAAUGAAUUACCUCUGAAUACGUGGACUCAUUCUACUCAAGGCAGCAGUAUUUUAUCUGUUCAAUGGUCAAAUAGCAUUCCUAGUAUGUUUUUUGUACUUGAUGCCAACUCAACGCUGUACAUAUGGGAUUUACUAAAAACCGAUUCAGAGCCUGUGGCGAUUGAAAAAGUCAAACAAGGAAGUGUGAUAUCAUUCGAACUAUCCAGUGAUUACUCUGCUACUGGUGUUGGUGUGCCGGGAAGAAACGCAGAACUGACACUGGGAUACAAGAAUGGCUCAGUUGAAGUACAUAAAAUAAGUGCACAAUUUUCUAAAGCUGCUGCUGAUGAACUGGACAGAUUUCAUGAAUACUUGGAAGGAGUACUUUGAUGCUGGGAUGCCUAACUCCAGGGUAUGGGGGAGGGGGUUUCUUCUGCGUGCUUUCAUAUUGUGUUAUUUAAACUAUCCCUAUCAGUUGAAGUACAGAAAAUAAGUACGCGAUUUUCUAAAGCUGCUCCUGAUGACCUGGACAGAUUUCAUGAAUACCUGGAAGGAGUACUUUGAUGCUGGGAUGCUUAACUCCAGGGUAUGGGGGAAGGGAGGGGGUUUCUUCUACGUGCUUUCAUAUUGUGUUAUUUAAACUAUCCCAUGAAUGACCAUAGAGAUGUUGAGUAUUGUAUUCAAUAAAAUGCAGUCGCUUACAUGAAAAUUACUUUAAAAAUGAAGUACAUGAGAUGUUCGAAUAAAUACUGGAUAAUCUUGUUAUGUCACAUCACAACGACAACACUUUCUUUCCUUACAAAUCACCAUUUCGAGCGUUAACUCUAAUGUUAUUUCUACAAAUUUAUUCAGACUGAGAUAGGCUCGUGUAUAUGAAAAAGGUUAAAGGUUUGUAGAUUUUCAAGUGAUUGUAAAAGGAUAAAAGUGGUUUCUUUACAAUUUUUAUUCGUAAUUAUUUUGAUAAUGGAUCGAGGGGGAUUUACCCUGCAUGUGUAAACGGUGGUAUAGUAUACAUAUACCUUAACUGACCUGAUCAAGAACUUCGUAAAAUAUUUAAUAAUCAAGCAGAUGUAAGCCCUUAGUUACUUGCAUUUUAAAUGAGCUAGUAUUAUAGAGUGGCACCAGGGCCAUCAUUAUCGUCAUCAUCAUCAUCUGAUCAUCAUCAAAUCAACAUUAUAAAUCAUCGUCAUCACCAUUAACAUCAUCAUGAAGCCCAUCACCCUGAUCAUCACCAUCAUUAUCAAAUGCUCAUCAUUUCCAUUAUCAUUAUCAUAAAUGAUCAUCAUAAUCAUCUAAAUUAUUGACCAUUGAAUGUGGCACUAUUUGUUGAGUGUUUACUAUUGUAUGAUAAUAAAAAGAGCUAAAAUAAAAAGAGUUCAUGAACUACA